AUGGGGGAGGAUGCAGCCCAGGCCGAGAAGCUCCAGCACCCGGGGUCCCACGUGCACGCAAGGCAGGAGAAGCCAUUGAACCCCAGCCCGCAGCCCUCCUCCUCCUCCCGGAGCACCAGCCUGGCCCUGGGUGUCCCAGAGGAGGCGGUCCGCGACGGCUCGCAGGUGAACGCCGUGACGGUGCUCACGCUGCUGGACAAGCUAGUGAGGAUGCUGGACGCUGUGCAGGAGAAUCAGCACAAGAUGGAGCAGCGGCAGAUCGGCCUGGAGGGCUCGGUCCGGGGCAUCCAAAGCGACCUGGGCAAGCUGGCCAAGUGCCAGGCCUCCACCAGUGCCACCGUGGGCAAGCUGCUGGAGAAGUCACGCCGGGUGAGCGCGCACACGCGGGCCGUGCGAGAGCGCAUGGACCGACAGAGCGCGCAAGUCCGACGCCUGGAGAGCAACCACGCCCAACUGCUGCGCCGCAACCGCUUCAAGGUGCUCAUCUUCCAGGAAGAAAAUGAGAUCCCUGCCAAUGUAUUUGUGAAAGAGCCAGUUUCCAGCCCCGUGGAAGGGAAGGAGGAGCUUGCGGAUGAAAACAAGUCCCUGGAGGAAACCCUGCAUACAGUGGACCUCUCAUCAGAUGAUGAAUUGGCCCACGAUGAGGGGGCUCUGGAAGACAGUGCAGAGGAGAAUAUGGAAGAAAGCAGGGCAGAGAAAAUAAAAAGAUCUAGCCUCAAGAAGGUGGAUAGUCUCAAGAAAGCCUUUUCUCGCGAGAACAUCGAGAAAAAGAUGAACCAGCUGGGAACAAAGAUCGUGUCUGUAGAGAGGAGAGAGAAGAUUAAGAAAUCUCUCUCAUCCAGUCACCAGAAAACGUCCUCUGGGAAAAGCUCCCCCUUCAAGGUUUCUCCCCUCACUUUCGGUAGAAAGAAAGUCCAAGAGGCAGAAAGCCCUGCAGAUAACGGGGUAAAGUCAGAAGACAUGCCUAGCAGUGAGCAGGUGCCCAACCACCAGGAGGAGGGCUCACUGGCAGAGGGGCUUUCGGAAGCAUCCUUGGCCAGCGCCCUGGCGGAAGGAGAGGGUGCUGAGGGGGCAGCUGAGAAGGCAGCCUCAAGAGGGAGUAACUCGGGCAUGGCCAGCAACAUCGACCUGACCAUUGUGGAAGAGGAAGAGGGGGAGUCGGUGACCCUGGAGCAGGCACAGAAGGUGCGCUACGAGGGGGACUACGCCCUCACUUCCGAGGAGGCCGAGCCCUCAGAUGAGGAACCCAUGCAGCCAGCUGUGCUCCAGGUGAACCAGACGGCCUAGCCACAUCCCCAGCCUGUGCCUUCACCUGAAGCCCAGCCAGAGCCCAGGAGCCAAGGUCCCCACACCUUCCACACUGCCUGCCACCACUCUGUUGCAUCCAGGCAGAAAUAAUUCACCACAUAGUAGAAGCAGCACACAUGAGACCAGGAUUUCCUGGGAAUGUGGCCUGUCAGGGUGCCACUUGUCAUUUGCAUUUAGGUUCUAUUUCUAUAGUAUUUUUCCAAGAUUGCCAGGAAGAAGUGUGGUUGAAAAAUGCCGAUCCAUCUGGCUUGGUCAGAAACAUCAGGGGAUACUUAAGAUCCAAUCAUGAAAUGGGAUUUUCUUUUUUGUCAUUCCAUAAGCUUGCUGAAUAGUGUACAAGUAAUGUGUUGGAUUUCCACAGCACUGUGUGAAACCAGUUAUUAUUCUUUAAGUGUUUAUCUACAUGAUGUAGAUAAAUAUGUAAGCUAAAGAUGUAUGUUGAAGAGGAAAAUAUAUAGAAAAGAUGGAAGAGAAUGUUCACUUGAUAAUUCACUUAAUAGAAACCAUUAUUUUAUUGCAAAUGAAAAAAUGGAAAGAUUCUAAUAGCUAACGAAGUCAGAUAUGUAGUGAUGCCAGGACUAUUGGAAAACUAAGAAGGAAUUGUUGGAAAAUAAGAGAAACAGAAAAAAAAGAACGUUACAGAGAAUGAAAACAGAGAAAAAAGAUAUGUGCUUAGGAGUAAAAUAUUUACAAUAUUAACUAAUUCACUUCAUAAAUAACAAUACUAAAGAAGUUCACAUAUCCUGGAAUAAUAUGUCAUAUC